CUCGAACAUAUACUCAACCAUGGGAGAAUAAAAAGGACAACUCUAUUUGGUCUUUUGGUGUUGGGCAUAUGCUUGAAUCUUUCAUUUUGAUGUAGGUUUUCUAUGGUGUUUUUCACCUCCUAACCUUCUUUCCAUUUCUAGGCCUCUGAACACACUUUUGUAGUCUACCUAACACCCUAAUCCUCCCUCACAUAUGUUUGUAUACAUGUGAUGUGAGGAAUAAGAGAAACCAAUUAAUGAUUGUGAGAAUACAAAAGAUAAGGUGUGUAUGUGGGAAACAAAACUAGAUAGCAAAAAUGGCAUUAGAAGCUGUGAUACACCCACAAGACCCUUUUAGCUAUGCUUGCAAGGAGUUCACCACCGUGGGCGGUGGUGGCGGAGCUGGUGGCGGUGGUUGGGGCUAUGGCGGCGACUUUAGUCUACUGGUAGAAGAUAAAGCUUUUGUGGGUUGCAAUGGAAAUUGGGAUUCCUCAUCUUCUUCGAUGAUGCAAAAUGGGAAGGAACAUUGGGAUCCCAAUUCUUCGCCUGAGGCUUGCACUGACGGUGACCAGUUGGUUCCUCCCAUGGAAUCACCGGCGGUGGCGACGGCGGCCGGCCGCCGCAAGAGGCGGCGCACGAAGAGUGCGAAGAACAAGGAGGAUUUGGAGAGCCAGAGGAUGACUCACAUUGCGGUGGAGCGCAACCGCCGGAAACAGAUGAAUGAAUACCUCGCCGUCAUUCGGUCCUUGAUGCCUGCUUCUUAUGCUCAAAGGGGAGACCAAGCAUCAAUUAUAGGAGGAGCCAUUAAUUUCGUGAAGGAGCUUGAGCAGCUUCUUCAGACACUAGAGGCUCACAGGACAACCCAAGAGCCCAACAAUGGCUUCACUCAGCUUUUCGCCGACUUCUUCACUUUCCCCCAGUAUUCAACACGUCCGACCACUCACUGUACUAACAGUUCACCGGCGGCUACAGUCAACGAGCCGACGGCGGAGGGCCGAUCGGCGGCUUUCGCCGAGAUAGAGGUGAGCAUGGUGGAGAGCCACGCUAGCCUGAAGAUACUGUCAAAGAGACGACCCAGACAGCUGUUGAAGAUGGUGGCUGGGCUUCAGUGUCUCAGGCUCACUGUUCUCCACCUUAAUGUUACAACAACAUUGGAUCAGAUGGUUCUCUAUUCCCUCAGUGUUAAGGUUGAGGAUGGGUGCCAGCUUAGUACCGUUGAUGAAAUCGCCGACGCCGUUAAUCAGUUGCUUGGUAGAAUCGAGGACGAAGCUGCUUUGACCUGAAAUUAUUGCAUUGGGUUUUUAUAUUUCUCUUUAAUUUCAAUAUUUUUUUCUUUUUUUUUAUUAUAAAUAAAAUAAUUUAGUUUCUGUGAA